CAUCCCCCCCACCGUCGGCUCCGCCCCCUGCCCCUUCCCUCCCCCACCACUCUUCUCCACCUCCAGGUCCCCAAGUCCUGACUCCACCCCUGCUUGCUCUCUUACCCCAGUGAAGGGGUCCAGCCCCUCUUAGGGCUCCUCACACACACCCCAGGACUGCCCCUCCCAGAGAGCGCCCUACCCCCUCUACACUCAGUGGGGUGCAAUAAGUGUUGCCAGACUCUACACCCCCAAAUUGGAUUGUGAGGGCUGUAGAUUUCUGUCCUGGCCCCUCAAACACACACACACACACAUACACACACACACACCCCUUCCACCUAGGCACAGGGGCAGGGCACACGUGCACACUCCUGGGACAGGUCCACAGUCUGCCGAGACACAGGUGCACAGAGUCACCGGCUGGCACAGCACCUGCAGACACCCCCCCCACACACUCUGCGGGGCAUGCACACUCGGACACAGUGCACCUGGGGGCGCAUGACCACAUCCAUGUCACACCCCUGCGCCAGGGCACACACGCAGCACAGGACACGGAUCUGCCCAUCACACACGAGUGUGCAGGCAGGUAUGCACGCCCAGGUCUCACGACCCCAAAAUGGAGACAUCCCCCUGCAGGGAGAUGUGUGUCUGCCUCCCCGCCACAGUCACCCCCCAACUGCCCAUCACACUGGCACGCACGCAGCUGUGUAGACGCACAACAGCGCUCCCCUCCAAGAUGGUGAUUGCUGGCAUUCCUUGAGCACCUCCUGUGUGCCAGGCUUGGGGACACUUGCUGUUUCCGUUUUUUUUUCCGCAGGGGGAAACUGAGGCACAGAGAGGCCAAGUAACUUGGCCAAGGUCAACCAGCUGUCAAGAGGUGGUGUCAAGGAUCGUGGAUGGGUAGGCUGGCUUCAAAGUCUUCACUCCACUGCUAUUGUGAACUAUGGGCACCAAUAUCGUUGCAUGUCCUUGUUCAGACAUGCUCAACCAUCUCUUCAGAGCACACAUACAUGUGUGCGCACAUGCACAUGUGGCCAGCUGUGUGCAGACAGCUCACUCAUGCCUGCAACACACCCACAGAGACAGGGCAGAUCCCACAGGGCAGCGGUGAGUCCCGGCUUCCACCUUCUCCCAGUUCCAACAGCACCUCCGGCGCCUCCAGCCAAGCACAGGCUGGGGCCAGCUGCAGGCUCUACGGGAGAUCCGGGUAUGAGCCGGAGCAGGUGCUCGCCCAGCCUGGGGUGGCCCCUAUCUUGAUACACACCCACCAGCCCAGGUGGCGAGCAGCUGGGCCUGGAGACAGAACAGCUGCCCAUGCUGGUGCCAGCACUGACAGAGGCUGUGCACCCCUCUACAGUUUACAAGGCCUUCCCCAGCCCAUGCAUUAUAUCCCUUGAGGUCUCUGUGCCCUGGAGCAGGGCCCCUGGGCCUCUGAUGGGCACCUCAGAGCCCCGGCCUGGCCUCGGAGGCAGUGAGCAGCCUGCCCAAGGUCACACUGCCCUCGAAGGACCAGGCUUUCUUAGAAAACGGAAGGUUGGACGCGUUGAUUUCCAAGGCCCCUCCUAGGGCUCUGGGCAGCCCAGGGCAGAUAGCCUGCUGUUGCUUGGAGCCAGAAGCCUUGGCUAGCUGCCUCCAUGCUGGUGACCUCCAGCAGGCUACACUGUCCCCUCUCAGAGCCUCGGUUUCCUCCUUUCAAGAGCGGGCCCAGUGAUCCCUGGCUGGUGAGCUCCAUGCUCGUUGGCACGACCAGCCUGGCCUAGGCUGGAAAAGCCCUGCGUGACUCAUGGGCCUGGCAGAGAGGCCAUGACAUGGCCUCCUGCUUCCCUGGCCUCCGCGCCACUCUCCCUCUCCCCUCACCACCUCCACCCUGGCCCUAAACACAGAGGUCAAGCCCCCAGGCCUUUGGCCAAGGCAUUAUCUGCUACCUCCUUACUCACACGAGAUGGAUCUGGAUCGGGCACCUACUAUGCGCUAAGGGGGGCCUGGUGCUAGCCCUGGGGAAACAGCGGUGCAGAAGAACCCGGCCUCCAUUGGCAGAGGACCGACAUAAACAAACAAGAUCAUGCCAGUCUUGAUUAUGCCAAAAAGAUAAAAUGGGGUGUUUUGAUAAAGUAACUUGUGGAGCAGAAGCUUCUUUAGGAAAGGUGGCUGGGGAUGGCCUCUUGGCCUUGAAGGGGUCCAGCCCCUCUUAGGGCUCCUCACACACACCCCAGGACUGCCCCUCCCAGAGAGCGCCCUACCCCCUCUACACUCAGUGGGGUGCAAUAAGUGUUGCCAGACUCUACACCCCCAAAUUGGAUUGUGAGGGCUGUAGAUUUCUGUCCUGGCCCCUCAAACACACACACACACCCCUUCCACCUAAGCACAGGGGCAGGGCACACGUGCACACUCCUGGGACAACAAUGAGAAGGAGCUGGGGAAGAGCCUUCUAGAAGGAGGAGAGGGCUAGUGCAAAGGAUUGAGGGGGCCAUGAGCUUAGCAUUCAAGGAACGGCAAAGAGGCAGGCAGAGGCCUGGGGCAGAGGGGAGGGGUGAGGUUGCAGAGCUGCAAGGGGUUCCUCCCUCCCAGCCCUGAGCCUUGCUGGCUGAGGGCAGGGUUUGGCUUCUCUCCUGCCUGUGAUGGGAAGGUGGAGGAGCAGGGGAGUGGGGAGUGAUGUGCUCUGAUUUAUGGUUUGGAAGAAUUGCUCUGGCUGCUGCGGCAAGCAGCAGGAUUGGAGGGGCUCAGGAAAAAGGAAGGAGGGGGAGGGCAGGGAGCCGGCGACUGCAGUGGUCCAGGCUGGGGUGAGGCAGCUGGCCAAAUGCUCAGAGAGCUCUCUGUGCACCCAGCCGGGCACCUGUCUAUUUCACCUCCUGGAGAAAUCUUUACUGACUGCUCUUCCCCACUCCCCGCCCUCCCACCCUGGAGACUAUCUGGCUGCUGGUCUGCAAGAAGCUGGAAUGCCCAGCGUCACCCUGCCCAGGGCCCCACCUGCAGAAGGCUUCUAGCAAAGUGGGGCCAAUGAAUCCUGGAGCCCCACCUUCCAGGGCUGUGCACACAGCACACACAUGUUCUUCACAUGUGUCCCCACAGACACAAGCACGCACACUCACUUGCAUCUCCGGGCAAGGGCUUGGAAUGUGGGAUGGGUGGUCUGGGGGCAGGAGGCACCCUGGAGCAUGGGAGUGGCGGAAGAGCCUCUCCACCAUCAGGGCAUGUGGGCGAUGGUGGCCACAGGGAAAUAACAACCUCAGCAAGACCCUGAGGUCUGCCGCCUCCUUAGGGACGCCGGGGCAGGGGGCGGUGGAGAAGGGAGCAGGGCUGAGCCAGAGCACUCCACCAUUGCCCAGCUAGCCCGCCCUGAGGAGGUUCAGGGGUGGACAGGCAUGCGGUCCCCAGGAUCUGCUGGGGAGCCGGCUCCAUUCUCUUCCCGACCAUCUGAGCUUUGGCCCAUGGCAGAAGGAACAAGCAGGGCGGAAGUGAGCUCUGGAAAGUGGAAAGAGGGGCGUGUGUGAGAAGACCCAAGGCGGGAUCCAGGCUUUGGAACGUUGGAGGUUUCCGGCCACAAAGGCAGGGCCUCCGGGGAGCCAAGAGGGGCGGGGAGAGACACACACAGAGGAGCAGAGGAGACCAGAGGAUUGACAGAGACAAGAGUGGGGAGGAGAGGGACAGGAAGAGAGACACUGAGAGAGCACAGAACCAGGGGGCUAGUGAUCCACACAGGACAGGGGGUGCUUGCCGGUCCCCAGAGACCACCUCCCACCCCAGACACCGAGCCAUCUGCGACCUGAUGCAGGCAGCCUGGCUUCUCGGGGCCCUGGUGAUCCCCCAGCUCUUGGGCUUUGGCCAUGGGGCUCGGGGAGCUGAGCGGGAGUGGGAGGGAGGCUGGGGAGGCGCCCAGGAGGAGGAGCGGGAGAGGGAGGCCCUGAUGUUGAAGGUGAGAUGUGGGGUGGGGACUCUAAGGGCAAACCCGGAGCUUGGGAGGGGGUGUUUCAGGAUCAGGGAAAUGGGCAAGGGGGAACGACGGGGACAGGUUCAGAGGACGGGGGUGAUGGGUUCGGAGAGAGGACUCAGGCGGCAAGGAGUGAGUUUAGAGUUGGAGGGGGGAGCGCGGGGUGUCUUGGGAGGCAGGCUGGGGCAGACCACACCUCCCCGACCCCAGCAUUUGCAGGAAGCCCUGGGGCUGCCAACUGGGAGGGGGGAUGAGAAUCCGGAGAAUCCUGUCGGGACCCGGGAAGGCAAAGGGACCUGGGAGACUGAGGAGGACUACGAGGAGGAAGAGGAGGAGGAAGCAACGGCAACCCCCUCCUCCAGCCCUAGCCCCUCUCCCACCCCUGAGGACACCGUCACUUAUAUCCUGGGCCGCCUGGCCGGCCUGGACGCAGGCCUGCACCAGCUGCACGUCCGUCUGCACGCGCUGGACACUCGCGUGGUCGAGCUGGCCCGGGGGCUGCGGCAGCUGCGGGAGGCGGCGGGCGACACCCGCGACGCUGUGCAAGACCUGCAGGAGGCGCAGCGCCGCGCCGAGCGCGAGCACGGCCGCUUGGAGGGCUGCCUGAAGGGGCUGCGCCUUGGCCACAAGUGCUUCCUGCUCUCGCGCGACUUCGAGGCGCAGGCGGCGGCGCAGGCGCGGUGCGUGGCGCGGGGCGGGACUCUGGCGCAGCCGGCCGACCGCCAGCAGAUGGAAGCGCUCACUCGCUACCUGCGCGGGGCGCUCGCUCCCUACAACUGGCCGGUGUGGCUGGGCGUGCACGACCGGCGCGCCGAGGGCCUCUACCUCUUCGAGAACGGCCAGCGCGUGUCCUUCUUCGCCUGGCACCGCGCGCCGCGCCCCGAGCCGGGCGCCCGGCCCAGCGCUGCGCCGCACCCGCUCAGCCCCGACCAGCCCAACGGCGGAGCGCUCGAGAACUGCGUGGCGCAGGCUUCUGAUGACGGGUCCUGGUGGGACCACGGCUGCGAGCGGCGCCUCUACUACGUCUGCGAGUUCCCCUUCUAGCCGGCCGGUCCCCUGGCUGUCCCACCACACCCGGCCUCGCCUGCGCCGCCGUGCACCCUCCGCCCUCCACCCUCCGCCCUCCGGGAACGCCCUUCCUCCCCUGUCCCCAGGCGGGGGGCGCUCCCGGGAGGUUUCUGCGGGGCCGGACCCCUCCGAGGCCUUUGCCUGAAGCGGCGGGCCCCGGGCGAGGUCCGUCCGGUGCCAAUAAAGCCUUGUGGAUUCAGA